AUGGAUAUACCGCAGGGAGCUACAUGUCGUAUAUGCCGUGGUGAGGCCACUGAGGAGAGUCCGCUGUUUCAUCCAUGUCGGUGUCGGGGUUCUAUCAAGUACAUUCAUGAGUCCUGUCUGCUGGAGUGGAUAUCAUCGAAGAACAUAGACAUUUCGAAGACUGGUGCGGAGGUGAACUGUGAUAUUUGCCACCACCCGUUCAAUUUCAAGACCACAUAUGUGGAAGAUAUGCCAGAGAAGAUACCGUUCCCAAUACUGUUGAAAUCCACACUGAAAGCGACGUUUUCCAAAAUGAGGAAGUCUCUUGAAAUCUCGCUCGCAUUGGUGCUUUUCCUGUUCGGAUGGCCCUUAGUCUGGAAUACCUGGGCGAGACUUUAUACAUUUGCCCUGGAUGGCACAAUACCGUAUGAGGAGGACACUAUCAGAAGCAUACUGUUUGGUUUUCAGGAAAAUCCAGAGUAUUACAGAAACAUUGUCCUGACGAAAUCAACUGUCCUGAAGCAACUACUAUGGAAUUAUAAAUUUACAGCAUUACAAAUCGCACUUAUCGUUAUUCUGCACAUUGCAUUAUACUUCCAAUACGAUAUGAUUGUUAGAGAAGAAGUCUUCUCAAAGAUGAUCUUGCAUAAAAUUGGCCCAAAGCUGUCUAUAAACGAUAUGAAAGCCCGCUUGAUGGAAAGAUUUCCAAUGAUGGAUGAGGCUAUGAUUGAUCACCUUGCUGUUGCUCUCAGAGCAAGGGAGAACAACAGACAAGGUAUUCAGGAUGAAGCGCAACGCCCUAUUGUGGUAGACAGAGUCCAAGAAAGAGAACCGCUACAUGAAGUAAACGCUGAUGAGGAAGUAAACCCACAAAACAAUAUAAACAACAUGCAUCUAGAUUCUGAUGACGAUGAGAACGAUCCUGAUUUUGUUGUAAACGAUCAUGACUCGGACACAGACGAUGAAGCUAAUCACUGGGGUGUUGGCCAACAGGAUGAGAUGAAUGAUCCAUUCAGAGAGAGGUUUGAAGAAAUGAUGAACCGAAGAGCUCAAAACCAAUUUGAUAAUUUACUAGCGCAGCAACAAGAAAGGAAUGCUCAAAAUGCCAUGAACAGACCUAAUGCUCCUAUAUUUAUACCACCUGUCCAGGAAGCCCAACCAGAUGAAGCUAUGCAAGAUAAUGAUGGUGCGAAUGCUGUGUUGAUCAAUGUUAAGUUAAAACUCAGCUCCAUUCUGAUAUACUUCGUUGUUGGUGCUGUAGUCUGCUCACUUUAUUUGUUAUUGUCAUACUUGAUACCUACUGUGGUAGGCUAUGGCCUAAUUAGAGUUUACCUUAAGAUUUUAGAAAUUGCAUUCAGAGGAUUUAACUUGCUCAUGCAUUAUUCAAAGCUCUCAGUUGUUUAUUUCGGGCUCGUAAAGUACAUUCCUUUUAUAUCCGUGGUUCAUCAGGAAUUAGUUGUUGCCACUACUCAUCAAUAUCUAGAAUACUAUCAAGGAUACUUCGAUAACUCAAUGAAACAUUCUAUGCUACUAAGAGCCCUACCAUGUUUGACAACUUACCUCACGGCCAUCGCAAUUAAUACUGUAGUCUCAGAAAUGAUUAGCAAAGGAUACGGUAGGCACAAUGGAUUAUCGAGUAACGUGAAGAGGCAAAUAUUCCAAAUUACGUUCGCAAUCAGAUGUACUCUAAAAGUGUUCACAUUAUUCUUCAUUGAGCUAGCCGGUUUUCCAAUACUGGCUGGUGUGAUGUUAGACAUUGCUCUGUUUUGUCCUAUCUUAGGAUCACCAAAUAAAUUGUUGUCUAUUCCUCAACUUUUCAGGAUCUGGCCUAAACUGUCUUUUUUUGCUUACUGGAUUAUUGGAACUUUGUAUAUGUAUUGGUUUGCGAAGUAUAUUGGAAUGAUUAGAAAGCAUAUCAUUCGUCCAGGUGUUUUAUUUUUCAUUAGAUCUCCAGAAGAUCCUAAUAUUAGAAUAUUGCAUGAUAGUUUGAUUCAUCCUAUGGGUAUUCAACUUUCAAGAUUAUGUCUUUCCAUGUUCAUCUAUGCUGUAUUUAUUAUUGCAGGAUUUGGGUUGCAUACACGUGUAAUCUUUCCAAUGUUAUGGAAAUCCGGAUUUUCCACUUUCUCUGACAAAUGCAAACCAGACAGCUUUUUUGAUAAGACUUCACUAACAAUUCUUCUGGCAUUCACUGUGACUAGGAAUAUAUUGGAAAAGAAUAGCGUAUUAAAAAGAGCAGUUAAAGACUAUUGGGUGUACGUAUUUCAUGUUUGUGCUAGAAACUUACGACUUUCCUCAUUCAUCAUCGGAAAGGAUGUUCCAACCGAAAGAGGCCACAUAUUAUACCGUAAUUGGUUUUUCAAACUAUUUGCAUCCCAAAAGGCACAAUGGUCAAAUACUGAACUAUUUACAAGCCCCAAGACUUAUGAUGAAGCCUUAGAACUUUUUAGGGAAAACAAGUCUGUUCAUGCAUAUUUUAUACCAGAUGGUGUUUUGAUGCGGGUACCAUCGUCUGAUAUUGUUUCAAGAAGUUAUGUACAAACCAUGUUUGUGCCGGUCACUACAGAUGACAAGAUUUUAAAACCCCUAGACUUUAAGAAGAUAAAUGAGAGAAAUAAAAGUACAGCUGGUGAAUUCGGUUAUUUAGAUGAGCAAAAUACUGAAUUUGAUCAUUAUUUUGUUGUUUAUGUCCCACCUAACUUUAGAAUGAGAUAUAUGAUAUUGAUUGGUUUAAUAUGGUUCUUUUCGUCGUUAUUAUUUAUCAGUAUUUGCCUGAUGUCUCAUUAUACUUCUAAAUUACUCAUGUUACCAAUUGAAGUAUUUAUUAUGACAAACUCGAAUGAAAACAAGGAAGAGCAUAUCAACCCAUAUUACGUCUGCAUAGGCCUAAUAAUAUUAUCUCAACUGCUACCAAAGGUCUACAAACUUGUUGAAAAACGGACACUAAAUAAAACUCAUCAAGUCGAAACGGAAGUAGAAGCAGAAAAUGAGGAUGAUGAAAACGAUGUUGAAGUGCCAAUGGAGCCUGAGGUUGCAUUCCUGGAUAUUGUUAAAGAUUUCAAGGAGUCAUUUGUUUUCAAACUGAUACUUUCGACGUUGAUAGCUAUGGGAGAGUUUUGGAUAGCGUUGAUAUCAAACAUUGCACUGCUAGUGCAUUUAAUAAUUGCAUACAAUUAUUGCAUUGCCUUAUGCGGUGGUUCCCGUUUCAUCUCAUUUUUACCAAGCUCUUCAGGAGAUUUAUUCACUUCCACCAACGAUAAAAUUAGGACCAUAUUUACAAUAAUAAACUCAGUAUUAUUGCUACUAAAGGGUAAACGCACCGGUAGUGUAUUUAUUAAGAACAAAAAUAGAAGAACUUCCGAACUAUUGAAAAGGUUACUAUCAGCAGUGUUAACCAACACCCUUAAAUUCCAUGGUUCAAAUUUACUAGUUCUUGCCGUACUAUGCGUCAUUUUUAAUGUAAUCAAUGGAACCUUAUAUUUGGAUAUGACCUGGUCAUCAACUGCAAAGUUCAUCCCAUUAGUUUUCAAUAGUGUUCCUAGUCAUUCUUGGAGUCGUACAGAACAUGCAUAUAUGAUGACGUUGUUGUUGGCAUAUUUCAGUUAUUUCAUUAGCAAUUUUAUGGUUACAUUCAGCAAGUAUUGGAAUGUCCUUGAACAAGGUGUGAAAGAUACUAUCUAUACCAAAGGUAAAAAGUUAGAAAACUUACCUGAAGAAAAAGAUGGACAAUGA